AUGCCAAUUAGUUAGCGGGUGCCCCAAUAUAUGACAUCGCUAUAUAAUUAGCUUUUAGUGUCAUAUGGACUUUCGAGUUUGGCUGACUCAUCCUACCCCGGAAGAAGGGAAGCAAUUGGCUAAAGAUAAGAUCGUCGGAGGCCCCCUGGGCGUUUAAAGGCACGCGGUGGGCAGGGACUCGCGAACUCCUCCGCCUUGCGAUAUACCCCCAGCUAGAGCCACGAGACCUGCAGCAAUCUAUCUCUCCCUCAAUGUCUGCGGUGGCAGACAAGGUCUCCUAUGAGGAGCUGAAGCGGUUGUUGCAGAACAGAGACGUCAGUGUGUUCGACGUGCGGGAACCAUGUGAAACGGAGGAGGGAAUGAUACCUUCAGCCAUCAACAUUCCAGUGGGGAAGAUAAACGAAGCUUUCAUCCGAGAUUCUGGCACCUUCAAGGGCCUCUACGGGGUGGACAUGCCGCACAAGGAAGACAACAUUGUGGUUUACUGCCGAUCUGGAAUGCGUGGACAAACAGCACUUUACAGCCUGCGAAGACUCGGCUACACAAAGUCGCGCAACUACACGGGGGGCUACACAGAAUGGAAAUCCAAGGCCAAGAAAUUAUGAUUCAGCAUCACCUUCAUGGCCCUGCUCAGGCCAAUGUGCACACCUGAAUGACUUGAUAUUUGACUGUUUUCAUAUACAGUAAUUACAGUAUGUGUGUUGUAUGUGUGUGUGUACACACGCACAGAAUGUUGUCAAUAUGAAUGUUUUAUUUAAUUUUUUUUAUAUAUGUUCAUGGUUAAAUAUUUAGCAAAAUUCAAAUGUAAUGCUACUGAAUCAUUUUGGGGGAAAUAAGUGUAUACAAUUCAGGAGAGGGGUUUCAAAUAAUAAGUAUAUUACAUACUGCAUAGUAUAUAUUUGCGUAUUUAUGCAGUACAAUUACACAUGGCUGUGAUGCUAUAUACAUUCAACUAACCUCUCUGACAUUAAUUGAGUCCACUAUUGUGCUGGUGGGGUUUUUAAUAAAAUCUUAGACAUAAUAUAAUCAUAUCGUAAACACAAAUAAUUCAACCAAAACCUAAUUGUUCUUCUAAUUGUUCUUAUCGUGUCUUAUCUUGUAGGUGCAUACCUAGGCAGUGUGUUUCAAACUCUUCAGAUAUUAAUUUGAAUGCUUUU